CAAAACGUGCCUCACAGCAGCAGCAACAUGGCUCUGAAUGGAGAUGAUGACUUUGAGUGGGAGCCUCCGUCUGAAGCGGACAUGAAGGUGAUCCAGGCGCGCAGAGAGAGACAGGAUAAAAUCAGCAAACUGAUGGGAGGCUACCUGCUUAAAGGGUACAAAAUGCUGGGGGACUGCUGCGACGCAUGUGGGACUAUACUUCUGCAGGACAGGCAACAGAAGAACUACUGUGUUUCUUGUCAGGAGCUGGACUCUGACAUUGACAAGGAUAAUCCUGCUCUUAAUGCUCAGGCAGCACUGUCCCAGGUGAGAGAGCGGCAGUUAGCGUCUCAAUCCCCUGCACCGCCCCAAACACCUGAGGCUAACAGUGCCUCUUCAGUCCCUCAGCCGCGUCCGGAGCACUGUGAGGGGGCCGCUGCUGGGGGGAGAGCUGUCUUGCCUCCUGCCCCUGUUCCAUCUGUGCCCAAUCUCUCCACGCCUCCUUCAGCUCCUGUCCUGGCUCCCACCCGCCCAGUAGUCAUCCCACAGAACACAGUCCUGCGACCCGUGCUGCAGGACGCGGAGGAGGCUGUUCUUACUAAAUUGCGUUGGGCCACCAAUCAGCUCCAGACUUCGGCUUCCCUCGAGACCAGUAUCCAGCUUUGCAGCCUCAUCUCCAGCUGUGCAAACUCGCUGCGCACACUUCGAGAGCUCAGCCAGUGACCACUAUGGACUGAAAGUAAAAUGCUCUUUCUAUUUGUCACUGUCAUUCAAAUAGUGACGGCUUUGUGGACUGAUUUAGAUGCGUUGGGAAUGGCCGAAUAUGAAAAUUAUUAAGUAUAUGCCAAGUGCGGUUUGCUUGACAUUUACUAUAAAA